AUGCAUUCUAAAAGCAGUGACAAGGAGGAGGGCUCAGCCCCCAAACCAUUUCCAAGAUGUGACCACACACUCCAGGGAUCAAAAGACAUGAAGCAUAGACAGCAAGAAAAGGACUCUACCAGAGAGUCAGCUGCAAUCCUUCCAUGUCCUAAGUCUCACAGUGGUAAUGGCCACCAAGGGGAAGACCUUUCAAGAGAUGAUCUAUUGUUUCUUCUCAGCAUUUUGGAGGGAGAAUUGCAGGCUCGAGAUGAAGUCAUAACCAUUUUAAAGGCUGAAAAAAUGGACUUGGCCUUGCUGGAGGCUCAGUAUGGGUUUGUCACUCCAAAAAAAGUAUUGGAGGCUCUCCAGAGAGAUGCUUUUCAAGCAAAUUCUGCCCCUUGGCAGGAGGAUAUCUAUGAGAAACCAAUGAAUGAGUUGGACAAAGUCAUGGAAAAAUAUAGAGAAGCUUAUAGAUGGAUCCUGGAACAACUUUUAAUGGUAGAAAAAGCUCAUAGGCAAACCAUAAUGGAGUUGGAGGAAGAAAAGAGAAAACAUAAGGAAUACAUGGAGAAGAGUGAUGAAUUCAUAAGCUUACUAGAACAAGAAUGUGAAAGUCCCUGCCUCCUGCCCUAUGGGGUUUCCACAUCAUUCCUUCACUCCUCCAUGAAUACAACACACACACACCCCAAAACUCAGUUUACCUUGGAAAGCGGUAGGGUAGUCUGCAUUUCUGUCAUCUACAACCUCAGCUUCCAGUUCCUAAAUUAUGACAUGUUAACUGUUUCAGAAUACUGCAAGAGAACAAUGAAUUUUUGUAUUUUGCAGGAUAAAAAUAAAUAUGACACACACUAAUACAUGAAGAUAGUUCAUGUAACCAAUACAGAUAUCAUUUGUCACAUUGUUUAUGCCCAUAUAGUAGAUAUGAAUGCUUGUGUAGCUUAUGUUCAUGAACUCCCAAAGUAAGGUGUGAAGGCUGGCGUGACAAAUCAUACUGCAGUGUAUUAUUGCCUUCCACUGACCUGCAGGCUUCACAAUAGGUUUCAGCAUAGAUAUGAAGGCUAAGUAGAAGUGACUUGGCAUGAAUACAAUGUGGAAAGAAUUGAUGGUUGACCUGGUACGUUCUACUUGGAUCAACUUGCCAGAACUACCACUGGAUAUAAAGGUUUGGGGGCCCUGCAUGGAGGUGUGGAUGGAGGUUUAUCUAUUCCUUACAGUAUCAAACUUCCUGCCUAUGAUUUAGGAAGCAAUGAAUUCAAUGCAGAAAUACAUCAGAAGCAAACCACAGGUCAGAGUGUUGCAAAUUACAUGAGUUAAUUAACAGAAGAAGAUGAAGAUAUUUAUAUGAAGCGAUAUAUAAAGAACAAUGUAACUCCAGGCAUGAUGGAAGAGAUGUCUAAAAAAGCCUGUACUGCUAUCAGAGAAAAUCCAAUCUAUGAGGAGCCUAAGAAAGAAGUAGAAAAGAGGAGAUAGAACCAACCCAAAAUGUUUCUUGCCCAGAAGAAAGAUCAGGCAAAUCAGAAGACAAGCCUCCUCCAAUCUCUGGAGCUGGCUUAUGAAAACCAAUAA